AUGGCGACUGCUGCCAUUCCACGAAAUGAGACUGAAAACAUAAUGCGUAUGGGGCUACUGAUACAUCGGUCACAAGAUGUGCUUCAAGAUGUCCUCAGUACACAGUUACAAACAACUUAUCCAGGGUUGUUUGAUCCGUCAAAUGGUGGCAAGUUGUUUGAUAUUCUAACUGACCAAAAGGCAAAUCAAACUUUGCUACAGUUGAAAAAAAUGAAAGUUUUGAAUGCAAGCCAAAUGAAGCUUCUAUUCCCUUCUGGGAAUCCCUCCACAACUGUGACACUGAAGGACUUAGAUGUGACUCUUACAGUAGUCUUGUUAAGAAAUAUCACAACACUAAACCCAAAGGGCAGUUGGGAGAAUCCACCGACAACUGACACGUCCAUGGAGGCCCAGAUUGGCAGAGUGAAGAAACACCGCAACGAAUUUUCCCACGGGGGCGCCAGUCUCACAGAUGCUGCAUUUCAGACCCAGUUUACAGAAUUGAAAGCUUUGUUAUUAUCACUGUCCAAAAUCUACAGCAGUGAUGACUAUGACAAGUUGCUUACUGAUCCAUUGCAUGCAGCAGAAGCACCUUGUGAGCUCAUCUCUACUAACCUUCCAAGUAGAACUCCAAAGCUGAAAGGACGAAUGGACCUGGUGCAGAAAAUACAGCAGCAAGUGGAAAAUGACACAAAACUCAUUCUCCUGACUGGCAUGGGGGGCAUAGCAACAGACACUCUCGUUAUCCUUGAUAAUAAUGACAGCGUUUUGAAUUCACACCAGCAAGAGUUUCUACAGUUACUAGAGGAAAUCCUGAAUUCAUCAAAACAUAUCACUCUUUUAUGCACCAGUCGUGAAUCCUUCAGUCUUCUGUCACAAACCAAAGUUACUAUAGACAUCCCUCCUCUUGAUAAAACAUCUUCACUUGAAGUCCUUUGGGGGGGAAAUACAAUCAGCCCCACAGAUAGUGAAACAGAAGCUUUAGGUGAAAUAUCAGAGAGAUGUGGCCACAGUCCCCUUGCAUUAAAAUUAGCAGCUGCCCAGAUCAAGCUCAAAACAGUACAUAAAGUGUUAGAGAAAAUGAAACGCAUAAAGGUCCUCCCCUCUCUUCAGUUACCUAACAUUCCAGCAUCUCAAGGUAUGCUUACCUGCUUAGAGAUGUCUUACGAAACACUGAAUGACACAGAGAAAAAGGUGUUUAGGGGACUGCAUAUAUUUCCUGUUGCAUUCAAUUCAGUAGAAGUCUCAGAGAUUUUGGAGAUGGAUGAAGAUGAAUGUGAAUCUGUUCUAGACAGUCUUAGCAAUAAGUCACUUUUGAAUUUGGUCCAAAAUACCUAUGAUAUGCAUCCUUUGAUGAAAGAGUAUGCAGAGUUUCUUGCACAAACUGACAGCAAUGAAAUCUCUCAGACACGAAAGAAAUACUGUGAUUAUUACAUAAGGCUUAUGCUCCAGCUAUACAUUGUGCAUAAGUUUGGAGUUUCACAACUUGAAAAUAUGUCAAAACUGGUGCCCCAUUUAAACAUGACUUCCACCUUGCUAAAAAUGGAACUUUGCACUUCUGACACAGAACAGAAAAAAAUCAAUCUCAAUGUCCUAAAAAUGAUUGCAAAUGCAUUCGAAGUUCUAUUUCUGUACCAAGAAGCUCUAUCAAUUUUUCAGUCAAAUGAGGGAGAAAUAACCAUAUAUUUUGAAGGUCAACCGAUUGAAAUAGCAGAAGUGCACAACUAUAUUGGUGAAGCACUAUACAACAUAGAGGCACGGGAAGAGGUCCUAGGUCUCAAACACCCCCACACCGCUACAUCAUAUAACAAUAUUGGUGAAAUACUACAAGACAUGGGUGAGUACAAAGAGGCACUUGACUAUUAUAAAAAAGGUCUGGAGGUAAGGGAAGAGGUCCUAGGUCCCAAACACCCUGACACAGCUGCCUCAUACAGCAAUAUUGGUGUAGUACUAGAACAUAUGGGUAAGUACAAAGAGGCACUUGACCAUCAUAAAAAAUGUCUGGAGAUUAUGGAAGAGACUCUUGGUCCCAAACACCCUGAUACUGCUUCCUUAUAUGGCAAUAUUGGUUGUGUGCUGACAGACAUGGGUAGGUACAAAGAGGCACUUGAUUAUCAUAAAAAAAGCCUGGAGGUAAUGGAAGAGGUCCUAGGUCCCAAACAUCCUAAUACAGCUACCUCAUACAGCAAUAUUGGUUGUGUGCUGACAAACAUGGGUGAGUACAAAGAGGCACUUGACUAUAAAAAAAAAUGCCUGGAGGUAGAGGAAGAGUUCCUAGGUCCCAAACACCCUGGCACAGCUUUAUCAUACAGCAAUAUUGGUUAUGUACUACACGCCAUGGGUGAGUACAAAGAGGCACUUGGCUAUCAUAAGAAAUGCCUGGAGGUAAGGGAAGAGGUCCUAGGUCCCAAACACCCUGAUACUGCUACCUCAUACUGCAAUAUUGGUGCAGUACUACAUUCCAUGGGUGAGUACAAAGAGGCACUUGACUAUCAAAAAAAAUGUCUAGAGGUUAAGGAAGAGGUCCUAGGUCCCAAACACCCUGAUACUACUAUCUCAUACAACAAUGUUGGUGAAGUAUUAGAAGCCAUGGGUAAGUACAACGAGGCACUUGACUAUUAUAAAAAAUGUGUGGAGGUAAAGGAAGAGGUGCUAGGUCUCAAACACCCUGACAUGACUAAAUCAUACAUCAAUAUUGGUGGCGUGCUAGAAGCCAUGGGUGAGUACAAAGAGGCCUUUCAUUAUCAUAAAAAAUGUCUGGAGGUAAUGGAAGAGGUCCUAGGUCCCAAACACCCUGAUACUGCUAAAUCAUACAGCAAUAUUGGCGGAGCACUACAUGGCAUGGGUGAGUACAAAGAGGCUCUUGGCUAUCUUAAAAAAUCUCUGGAGGUAAGGGAAGAGGUCCUAGGUCUCAAACACCCUGCUACUGCUUCCUUAUAUGGCAAUAUUGGAAAUUUACUUCUACACAUUGAUGAGUACAAAGAGGCCUUUCAUUAUCACAAAAAAUGCCUGGAGGUAAUGGAAGAGGUCCUAGGUCCCAAACACCCUGAUACUGCUAAAUCAUACAGCAAUAUUGGUAGAGUACUACAAGACAUGGGUGAGUACAAAGAGGCACUUGACUAUUAUAAAAAAUGCCUGGGGGUAAGGGAAGAGGUCCUAGGUCCCAAACACCCUGAUACAGCUACCACAUAUAACAAUAUUGGUAGUGUACUGAGAAACAUGGGUCAGUACAAAGAGGCACUUGACUAUUAUAAAAAAUGUCUGGAGGUAAGAGAAGAGGUCCUAGGUCCCAAACACCCUGACAUGGCAAAAUCAUACAGCAAUAUUGGUGGAGUACUAUUUGCCAUGGGUCACAAACACCCUGAUACUGCUACCUCAUACAACAAUGUUGCUAUAGUACUGCAAGCCAUGAGUAAGGACAGAGGCACUUGA